UCUAUUCCCAGUAUAAUGUAUAUAUUAUUAUUUAUUUCUCUAUGCUGCGUACUGACUUGUGCACUGUUCAGUGUAAGCGGCUAUAAUACUAAAAAAUAUUAGUUUGUGGUGUUCAUAACAAUUCAGGCAGUGAAUUUUCUAGUUUUUACUGUUUAGGGAAUUUUUAACAGCUACUUCGUGUUUCUGCAGUUUAUAAACCGAUUGAAUUGAUGUCAUUGUCUUUUAGUUAUUAAAGGAGAGUAGGCACCUUAGGCAAUUCUUAAAUUUAACAUGGCAUUGGUGGAUCACACAAAAAUUCUUGAAUUUUUAGAAUUAGUCGGUCGCCUUAAGCACAUCAAGAGAACAGGAUGGAUAUUGUGUGAUAUAAAUGAUUGUGAAACAAUUGCUGGUCACAUGUAUAGAAUGGGUCUUAUGACUUUUCUACUUACUGAAGAAAACAAUCCAACAAAAUUGGACCGCUUUAAAUGUCUUCAAAUUGCUCUAGUCCAUGAUUUGGCUGAAUGUAUAGUUGGGGAUCUAACACCCCACUGUGGGGUGCCCCCAGAUGAAAAACACAGAAGAGAGGCUGAGGCUAUGAAGAAAAUAGCAGAGUUAACAGGAAUUGCUGGAGACAGAAUGUAUAAUCUAUAUAUGGAGUAUGAAAGCCAAAGCUCACCUGAAGCAAACUUUGCCAAAGAUCUGGAUAGAUAUGAUAUGAUCCUUCAAGCAUUUGAAUAUGAAAAAAGGGAAAAUUCGCCUAAACAGUUGGAGGAAUUUUUCACAGCAACAUAUGGAAAAUUCAAGCAUCCUUUCAUUCAAGAUUUGGCCAAAGAACUAUAUAGACAGAGAGAAGAUUUUGAAAAAACAGCUUUAGUAAAUGGCAAAUCUUAAUUGAAUUAGUAGCAUUAUAUUUAGUUAGUGAAGAUUUUAAGUAUUACUCCAUAGGUUACAAAUUAAUAUAAGUUAAAUGUUACCAAGUGCUACUCAAAAGCAUGAAGCUACAUUGCUCAAAUGGUUUUAUUUAUACUUGUUUUUUUUUGUUAUAUUUUAAUAUGUAUUUUAUAGAUAUAUUUUUUUGUGUUUGUGUUUAGCAUAGCUUUAAUAUCUUUCUAUAUUUCAUAAGAUUCCAACAAUGAUGACCUAAUGUACUAAUAACUAUAAUGAAACUGUCAUUAGAACUAUAUUUUUUAAACAAAUAAAAGUAUGUUGUAUACAUAAAGUUAACAAAAAUCUUGAGAAUUAACUUUAUAAAAUUUGAAUUAGGUAUUCUUAAAGAAAAUCCCAGAAAAGCAAGAUAAAAAACCGAUUCUAAUAGCUAAAAUAUUGCACUUAAAUCUUAAGUGUGUAGGUGUGGUUUUGGGAGAUUUAAUUUUUUUCUUUAUUGGCUAGUGAAUGGAAUGAAUUGACAUAGAUUACUAAUUUUACAUAAUUUGUGUGAAGUGUUUCAACCUAUCUAUACCUAUUAAAUAAUGGCAUUUUAAAAUAAUGCUAUGAACAAUUUGAUUUAGUACUACUAACAACAAAAUUAAUAAUGUAAUGUAUACAACAUAAACCAUAAAUUUGUUAUAACUAAAGUACUUAUCUGUCUCUUGAUCACAGCAUAAACAUUAUUAGAUAGACAGAGUUUAGUUACCAAGUUAGUUUCUAUGACAAUGACCCCAUUAAUUUGUAACUAUUAAUCAAAAAAUGCUCAGCCAACACUUGGUCUUAAAGUUUCCUUACAAGACACAUACAAAAUCUUGUUAGUGUAAGUAAACUAUAUUGAAUACCAAGAACCUUGAUGUGCUUAAUACAUAUUUAUUUCAGUCUUACAGGCAGGUAAGUGUCAUUUUGCUAUUGUUUUAGCGAUAUUGUAUAUUAAAUUCUUUUAAAAUGGCCUAAAUAAGGUUUGUUGUUCUUACAUCUUUAUUUUAUAAAUAUUAAAAUACUUUUUUAAUAUGCUAGUUUUAUUUAUCAUAGUGUCUCAUAUUAACUGUUGAUUACAAAUUAUAACAUGCUUGUCUGUUCAGAGCUUAUGAAAAGGGUUCUUAAAGCUGUGUCAAGCAUACUUGAAUUGUAUUCAGAAACUUACUUUGUAUAUACAAUAAGGUCUCAUUUGACUUUGAAGUACCAAGUAGAAAUGCAUGUAACAUAAUAUUACAGUCUUUCAAGUCAUAACUUAUAUUUUGUACUGACUCAAAUGCAAUGUUACUAAACCUUUAUUUGUAGAGGAGUAGAUAGAAACACAGUGUUUUUAUAUUUUAUUGUACAAAAAGCGAGCUGUUGGCAAUGCAUGCAAAUUUAAGAAGUAUUCAGUCAACUUUAUAAAUCUUUGCAUGACUUGUUCGCAGUAAAAUUGAAUUGUAGAAUAUGCUAUAACAUACAUAUUCUAACCAUAGCAUAGAUCUUCAAACAAUAGUACUCAAAUGAUUAAAAUAGAUGUAAUAUGCAAAACAUGUAGGAAAUUGAGACAUUAUUGCUUGUAUGGUCUUUCAAUUGAUAGUUUAAUAUUUAGGUUUGUUUCUAAAAUAUUUAUCAUCACUCCCAAAUAUAGCAGUCCAUUAGAAUUUAAAUGUAAAUAUUUGUAUUAAUUAACAGGUUGCUUUUGGGUUGCCUCUUGUUCCUCUUUUCUUCGUUGUUUUUCUCUCAUUAAUUCAGCAUCUCUACAAACAUAAUAUAAGUCAAUUUAAUAUUUUCUGCCUUAGUUUCCACACAUAAUCAACAAGGCCUUUAGAUAAAUCUGUUUCAAGCUAUAUCUAUGGAUAAAUGGUAUUUAUUGACAAUGCACAUACAAUAAGGGGUAUAUUAUAAAAGCCUGAUUUAAUUUUCUUUUACAAUAUAUACAGAUAAAUAUUAAAUAUUCGAUAAACAGUGAUCACAGUAUCAAAAUCUAUUCCAGAGUCUAUUGUCCAUUCUAUGACAUGUUUAGAUGAGGUUAUAAUUCUUUAAUAAAACUUUUUAUAAAAAUA